UCCCUUCUCUUAAAAAAAGCCUGCAUUCAACUUUUCUCUAUUUGUUAUUAGAUUGACAGCAUGUGUAUAUCUUCACUAUACAUACUGCAUAAACUAUUGAUUUAACAAAUUUUCUCAGGAAAAAUCCAACACAAACUCUGUGUUAUAUGUAUAGGAAUAUAUAUAUAUGAUAUUAGAAAGGCUGCCAGGAUUGGCCUUCUUAUACCCAAGUUAGUGGGGAUACAUCAGCAAUAAAACGUUUAUCUUUUACCAGUUUCGUUAAAAUCGCUGUUGCAACUUGCUGGAAACAGCAUCGCUGAAGAUGAAGUAUUUAAUAUCAGGAAUUCUUCUUUGUGCCAUCAGUUUUUCGUUAGGCGAUGUAGAAUCGGAAUUUAAGAAGGCGAAAAUCGAAUCCGACAUUAUAGAUAAAGCACCAGUCGAAAAAAUUGAGGUAAAAUAUGGUGAGAAGAUAGUCGAUCUAGGAACUGAAUUGACGCCGACUGAAACUCACGAGAUACCAGAAAUACACUAUAAACACGAAGGAGGAGUUCUGUACACGCUCGUUUUGACGGACCCUGAUGCACCGAGGAGAGGAGGAUACAAUCGAGAGUUCCGUCAUUGGCUCGUAGGAAAUAUACCGGAAGAGAACAUAGCUAAGGGCGAAGUCCUAGCAGAGUACGUCGGUCCUGCGCCUCCGAAAAACACCGGAAAGCAUCGCUACGUGUUUCUCCUUUAUAAACAAAAUCAAGGUGCAAUUACCUUCGACGAAAGAAGGUUGAGCACUUGGGAUGGAAAUCAACGGAAGAGAUUCUCUAUAAAAAAGUUUGCAGAAAAAUACAACCUGGAGGGUCCAAUCGCUGGUAAUUUUAUGCUGGCGGAAUACGACGAUAAUGUGCCUGCUUAUCAUAAGCAUUUGAAUCUUUAAUUACCUGGUGCAUACACAUGAAAUUUUUUUUAGAUUUAAAUAAACAUAAAUUUCAUACAUAAUUAUCUCGCAUUGCAAUAAUUUAAAUCUUGCAUUGCUGUUCGCAUAUAUAAAUAUUCUAUUGAAAUUAUAUGAAAGUUGUGAAUCUCUCAUUAUUUAAUACAGAAAAAUCGUAAAUAAAAUUAUAAUAGGCCAAUUAUUUAUAUUUCAUUUUUAUAAAACCUUUUUUUUGCGAUAAAAUAAAUACAAGUCAUGUCUUUUAUAUAUCUCUGCAAAAAUAUCUGCAGAAAAAAAAAAUAAUACCAACAGAUAUAGAUCGUUUUUAAUAGAUUCCAUUUCUUAAUUUUCGUUGCUGUUGUUUUAUUGUUAUAAAUAUAAAAGGUACAUGAGACAUUCAUUAUGUUCGUAUCCCCGAGGUCGUUACAUGACAUUACUGCGCCCUUUGAAGGCAUAUAUCACUAGUAGUACGUGUGAAUCCUUAAUUUUACGAACUUAUUUUCUACGAUCGAUUAUAAAUACGUGCGGCUCUUUAGUGUCAUAUACAUUGACUAGAAUACGAUGAGCACAAUUCGUAAUUGAGAUUACGAAUCUGAUAAACGCCCCUGUUGAGCGUAGUAUCUUAAAAAGAGCAGAAGCUAAGUCGGGAAGCAGAAAGUUAAUUUCAUCAUGAAAUUACAGAAGUACAAGGUGCAGCCUUUCUUCCUCUAUAUAUCACCAUUAUAGCGACAUGAUAUGGGAAAUGAAUUACGUACAUGUUGCCAUUUCCGCUGUCUCAUAGGCCUUUAGAAUAUCAUCGAUAAUGCAUGUUUCAAUCUAAUCGAACACUUGUCUCUUAUAUUGCCCUGCAUAGUUCUCGAGAAUACUCGUUUUUUUAAGUGAGUGCGCGUCAUGUUGCUUCAAAACAAAUUGAAAACAAAAUUAAAUGAACGCGACGUCUUAUUACCGAUGUUUUUAUCACACUAUAUUUAUGGAUAGCGCAAUGUUGAAUAAAUAAAUUUUCUUAUCUAUUAUAAUAACGCGCUUCGAUCGAAUAUCUUUUUUUCGCGGAAUACAUUUUUCACUAGUUCACUGGAGCUGCAUAUAGGUUUCAGGUGUCUUUUACCUCUUCACUGUUUUACGUCAACACAACGGGCAUAUAACUUA